CGUCCAGGCACAAACAAUCGAGCGUCUCCUUCCGAAAACAAACGACUUCCGAACUCUUCCGGGUACCUUUGACUUUUCCUCACUUUGAGCUGCAACACUGAUCAAAAAGUUCACUUUUUAGGGUUCAACUUUCACAAAUGAAAGUUUAACUGAAGAACUGAGACGAGAAGAAGAAGAUCUGAAGGAUAGAAGAGGAAGAGAGAGGAGGAGUUUGAGUUUAAAGCUGUGAAGGAUCAAGAUGAUGGAGGAGGUGGAGCAGAAAGAUGCCGUUUGUCCGGCGACCAACGGCACGGAGGAGCCGACCCGUCCAACGGAAACAAACAGCAACUGCAACCACACAGACGACAGCGACGGCUCCUCCUCGCCAGCUGAGGUCACGGUGGAGGUGACCAUGGAAACGGAGCAGAGCGAAGCUUCAGAGCCACCAGUGACACCUCCUCAACAAGGAAGUCAACCUGUAGUCAUUCAUGGCAACAACAAGAACCCGGCCAGCGAGCAGCUGCAGAGAGUCCGAAAGUGGAGCAUCAACACGUAUAAGUGCACCAGGCAGGCUCUGUCAGAGAAGAUGGGUCGUGGGUCUCGUACAGUGGACCUGGAACUGGAGCGUCGCCUCGAGCUGCUCAGAGACGACCGACAGCGCUUCGAGAACAUCACCAAGGUGGCUCAGACGCUGGCCAAUCAGCUCGCUCAGAUCACAGUUACCCAGAAGACACUGGGGGACGCCUUCGGUGAGCUGAAGGUCAAGUCACCACUGCUGAAUGCGGAGUUUGGUCUGAACGCAGACGCUCAGACGUUUCUGUCAAAGAGCGGCGAGACUCUGACGGCCUCUAUCAACGCCUUCACGUUAGACAUGAACACACUGGUUAACAAAACCAUCGAGGACACCAUGAUCAACGCCAAGAAGUACGAGGCUGCCAGGAUCGAGUACGACGCGUACCGGGUCGACCUGGAGGAGCUGAACAUGGGACCACGGGACGCCAACACGCUGCCCAAACUAGAGGCGGCCCAGCAAGAGUUUCAGGGCCAGAAGGAGAGAUUCCAGAAGAUCAGAGAAGACCUGACCGUCAAAGUGAAGCUACUGGAGGAGAACAAGGUGAAAGUCCUCCACAACCAGCUGCUGCUCCUCCACAGCGCCGUCGCCGCUCACAGUUUAUCGUGUCACAGCUUCCUGGAGCAGAACAUCCGACAGGCCGAAGAACAUCUCAACAACAGCGGUGCUAACGCCCCCUCGUGGCUGGAGAGUUGACACAACACCUGAACGUGGUCUGAUCCGGGUCUGAUUGGGGAGUAAUGGACGCUAUGUUGAGAAAAGUAAGGGAGUGUGAAUUUGUGUGAAAUGUGGGAGAGUCUGGGAGGUAGUUUAUUUAUUCAACAGUGGAAGAGUGAGUCGCUUUAGGCGCCCGAUCGUUCGCUUCAUAAACAGAAAACAUGCUAGAAGUGAUCUAGGAUGCUGAACCGGGUUCUCUUGGUUCUUGAGGUUCCUUCUGAAUCCUUAAAAAAGGGAUCAAAUCAAACUCCAGGUCUCAUAAUAUUGUGAAAGUGUGCAGUAAGUCUUGUAACGGUCUUUGUUCUGAACUCUUGAGAUUAAACUCUCGGACAAAAGGCUCUGAAGAAUGAACUCUUUUACGAUAUUAUUCAUACAUUUAAAGACUUACAGCACUUGUGACUUGUGACCUGUUUAACAGAGACACAGUCAUACGUACCCCUCCUGGUUCUCUUGCCUCUGUCUCGCUGUGUUGGGGAGUAAAUCCAUCUAAUCCUUUGUGAGGCACUAAGCCGUUCUUUGAACUUUUAAAAAUCCUCUGCAGUCAGAAACUCACAGCGACAAAGUGCCUCGACACCGCUGCUGGAAAACAGCCUCACAGUCCACACGGGGCGGGUUCAGUCUACAGUCUGAACCCGCUUCAGAUCCCUGCAUACAGAGGGUUCGGUGGAUUUAGGGGUGCAGUUUGUGAGGUUUUUGCUUCAGUGUUAAAGAGGCAGGAGUUUUAGAUUUAUCAAACUCAACCAGAAAUGUCACGAUGAGGAGAUAGUUACUAAAAAGAUGAGAAUCUGUCAGGUUAAAUGACACACUUCCUGGAAUCCUAGAAUGAAAUCGUGACAAACCUUCAGCCGCCUGAUCUGGACAUUUAAAAAAACAACAUAUCACCCCUGAAGUUGAAUAAAAAACAGAUCUUGUAGUAUCUUCAAACCAUUUCUUACAAAUGUUGAAAGAUGAAGCAUUAAAGGGAAUCAAACGUCGGCACACGACAACUCAAAGUUCAGGAAAUCGUGUUGGAAAGCCAACGCUACGUACCGCAGGUCAUCAGCGCUGCUCUGAUUGGUCGUCGGUUCUUCACAUUUUCCUGACGUUGUCUUGUUCGUUAGCCGAAUCUUUAUUUAAACCGCUUCCUCGUAGACGUUUAUAUCGCCCGGUGGGGGAACAGUCCAAAGAAGCACAAACUGUCGCUCUACGCCGAUGAUGUUAUCGCGUACGUUGGUGGAGAAACGCCGAUUUUAUGGAGUCUUUCAGACACGAUAAACGUUAAAUAGUUUAUAUGUCGUCAUGCACGAAUCAAAUCACACUUUGAUAUGAGACUGAACUUUCUGUUUGAUGGUUUUCUACUACUUCACAGUAAAGGCCAAAUUCCACCAGAUCCGUGUCCGGUCUGUCUCCCAUCCGUCACGGCACCGGAUCUGAUCGGUUUCUAUUCUAGUCAAUGUGUUAACUUCCACUGGAUCCACUCCGUUGUAUUCCGGCUGCGUCUCUGAUCCAGCAGGUUGGAGUCCUCCGGAUCAGAUACGCAAGACUUCUAUUUUUGCCGGAUGCCGAAGCACGACGCAUUAAUUCAGCACAGAGCAGAUGGAGCGGGACAGGAAGUCAGGUUUCACCAAAACUAAAUAAAAACCUGAUUAAUUUUCAGAAUAAAAGACUCUGUGUUAUCACCAGAUCGUAUUUAACUUCACUAUGACAAAAAAACAUGUCAUUUUGAGUGGAGCCAGGCCUGGAGUCAACAGGUCAGAGGUUUUCAGAGGACCAGAAAGACAACAUGGAUGAGGAGAGGAGGAGGAGGAGAAUCCUUGAUUUAGUGAUUGCCGCGGGAAAACCUUGGUCACAUGACUCCAGCUGUCUGGCGGUCCUAGUGUUAGGGGGUUAGGGUUAGGGUUUAGGGUUAGGGUUAUGCUGAAGAUGCAACCGGAUGGUGUUGAAGGACGAGAGAGCACAGAGCCGGACCGCAGCGGAUCUGGUGGAAGUCCCUUGUAAGAAGUAUGAGUCUUGAGGGUUUGUUUCCCGAGCAACAAGAGAGUUCAGAAGUUAAACUUUUCAUACACUACAGACACUUCUCCACUUGGUUUCCUACGUUAACUUUCUGUCACUGUUUUUGUGCGAUGUUGUUGAGUUGAGAACAGAAUAAACUUUCUGCCAUGUCUCUGUUUUUUCCACCUUAACACCAGAUAUUUGGUGAUUCUUCAUUUUAUCCUGUCAAAAAUUUGUGGUGUCUAUCGCAACAGCAAAGAUAUUGUGAUGCGUGCAGUUCAGCUUUUUGUCCGGUCUAUGUCUGAAAGAUUACUUGUUGAAUUUUGGGAAAGUUGCUCUUUUUUUAACUUUGUCCAAAUAAUCUUCUUCCUUUUUAAUAUUUCCUGUGAUUCCGUUCUGUUGAAAUAUUCUUUGUGUUAAUGAACCUCAUGAUAUGAUAAUGAUUUCCGUGCAAUAAUAUCUCCAAACUUUAACAUUACCAAAUCAUAUCUAUGUAGACUGAUGACGACUGUUUACGCCCGUCCUUCAAAAACAGAAAUAUCAAACCUGACGUAUAAAAGAAUAUAAAAGAGAAAUGACGCUGAAUUAAAAUGUUGAAUGAAAAAUGUUCUGGGGCGACAGUUAACUGUAACAUUUAAUAUUUUACCUUCAAGUCCUGUGGUUUUUUUUUUGUUUUGUUUAUGUUUGUAUUUUGUUGUUUGGAUCUUGAAGUUGAUUUAGGGUAUGACAUUUUUCGACUUUGCAAACUGUGAAGAAAUCUGAACUCCUGGGCCGCUCGCCGACUUUCAGACCGGACUGAUCGACAAAACAGAAAAAAGAAAAACAAGAAAUGGAAUAAAAGCCAGAAAAUCAACAGGGUUACGAUUUUUUCUGCUUUUGUUAAUCUUGUUGAAAUCUCUUUAAUAAAUUAGCAUUGUAGUCUUUCUUUGUGAUCUUUGACUGUCACGCACACACCGACUGAAAAACAACAAAAUACCAGAGCAGACUGACCGCAUGAACGACCAAAUCUCUUUGUGUUUUUACAUUGUAUUUGAGUCGUUGAUGACAAAAAGGGACCAAAUGUAAAUAAAUACCAAAUAUUUUAAUCUUGUUGAAAAUGUUUGUGAUGUUAAACUGCCAAAUAAAAAUAUUGAGAGCUAAA